GUCGUUUUUAAUUCACAAACAUCUUCACUUCUUCAUCGAUUCGUGAAGAAAUAUUUGCUACGACGUUUCCUUCACCCUUCAUGUGGCACGUUACUAAUGGUAAUGUGCUGCAUAGCGUAGCGAAAGUGUCUACUAGGCUCUUGAAGCCUCCCCUUAAAUACCUAGGCUUCUCGGCUUGUCGAUCCUCAACCGUCGCAACACGUUCGGCAUCCCCCCAACCUAGACACAACUCACCAGACCAGAACAAAGGAACCCGCAUCAUGAGUUCAGGAGACUGGGGAUACCAAUGGGGGUAUCCGCCCCCUCUCCCUUAUGGGUCUUUUUACCCCCAAACCUAUGGCAAUCAUUAACGGCAAUGGCGCAAAGCCGGGCAAACAUCCCAAAUCAAAGAAAUCAAAGAAGGGCAGGGACGAUAAAGUCCAGCCAUCUGCGGCGUCAGGUGGUGUCCCAGACCCAACUCCAGAGUAUCUGAAAUUGGCAGCGUAUCCGCCCUUCCAGUUACCUCACGCGCGCAAGAUCCUUGUGGUUAUUGAUCUCAACGGAACGCUGCUGUACCGACCUAGCCGACACAACCCUACGGCUUUCGUAGAGCGCCCCCAUGCGCGCACCUUCCUGCGCUACUGCAUCGAUACCUUCAAAGUAGUUAUCUGGUCUUCAGCAAAGCCAAACAAUGUGACUAGAAUGUGCGCGCAACUCCUGACACCCGAGCAGCGUUCACGUGUCGUUGCCGUCUGGGGAAGGGACCAUUUUGGUCUAACGCAAGAAGACUAUUACCAGCGGGUUCUAUGCUAUAAGCGUCUGAGUGCACUAUGGGCUGACCCCGAAGUUGCAGCUAGCCAUCCAGAGUUCGCAGAAGGAAAGCGCUGGAGCCAGGCUGAUACGGUCCUGGUGGAUGACUCAAUCGAGAAAGCGCGUACUGAGCCGUACAAUAUCAUCCAAAUACCCGAGUUCAAGGGUGAUGCCACCGAACAGGGCUUUAUCCUUCCCCAGGUGCAUGACUACAUCAAUGAAUGUGCGCGCCAGGCUGACAUUAGCACCUAUAUUCGUAAUCAGCCCUUCAAGACGGUUCCGGGUUGGCAGCUUCUCCCUCCUAACCCGGUUGAAUGAAGAGGGAAGGAAGGGAAAAUAAAGGGAGAGAAGUUAAGCAGAGAACUUUCACUCUAUAAUCAGAGGCUACCUCCCCAUAUGAACCUCUUCC